UGUGUCAUGUGACCUGUUGGAUCGAAGUCGUUUGGAGCUCAAAGGAGAAGCCCAGUCUGCUGUGAAAGUCUAAAUAACUGCACUUUAAACAACAAAGCACCUGAAAACAUACAAAUAAGUGUGAUGUUGACUUCCUUGUUGUGUGUGUGCAGGCGGUGGAAACCAACCUGGCCUCUAAAGACAGCCACUGGGUGUUUGUGAACGAGGAAAUCAGCGACACAGAGAUCCUGGAACUUACCCACAGUGCACUGGGGCGCAUGACGGUGAUCCGGCAGAUCUUCCCUGCGUGGAAGGACGGAGGCUCGCGCUGCAUGAGGCACAACCACCGGAUCUCCUCCCUGCUGUGCGACCCCCAGGAAGGCUACCUGCAGAACCUGGAGGUGUCCAACCUCUACCUGUACGACAGUGUGCUGAUGAUGGCCAACGCCUUCUACAGGAAGCUGGAGGACAGGAAGUGGCACAGCAUGGCGAGCCUCAACUGCAUCAGGAAGUCCACCAAGCCCUGGAACGGAGGCUGGUCCAUGCUGGAGACCAUCCAGAAGGGGAACAUCUCAGGUCUGACGGGGACGAUGGACUUCAAGGACGGAGGCUCCAACUCUCACGUCCAGUUUGAGAUCCUCGGCUCCAGCUUCAGCGAGACCUUCGGCAAAGACGUGAAGAGGCUGGCCACGUGGGACUCGCUGCACGGCCUCAACGGCAGCCUGAAGGAGAGCCGCAUCGAGAGCGGCAUGCAGGGGGUCACGGUCAAGGUGGUCACCUUACUGGAGGACCCCUUCGUCAUGGUGGCGGAGAACAUCCUCGGGCAGCCAAAGAGAUACAAAGGCUUCUCCAUCGACGUCCUGGACGCGCUCGCCAGGAUCCUGGGCUUCAAGUACGAGAUCUACCAGGUGGCCGACAGUAAAUAUGGAUCCCGUCUCCACAACGGCUCGUGGAACGGAAUGAUCGGUGACCUCAUCAACAAGAGAGCGGACCUGGCGGUAUCUGCCAUCACCAUCACACCUGAGAGGGAGAACGUGGUGGACUUCAGCAAGCGCUACCUGGACUACAGCGUCGGCAUCCUGCUGCGAAAACCUGAGGAGAAGAUCAACAUCUUCUCCCUUUUUGCGCCCUUUGACCUCGCCGUCUGGGCCUGCAUCGCCGCCGCCAUCCCCGUGGUGGGCGUGCUCAUCUUCCUGCUCAACAGGCUGCAGGCGCUGCGCUCCUCCGCUUCCCCGGACGAGCCGCCGGGCCAGCAGCACGGCGGGGGCGUGGCCUCGGGCUCGCUGCACAGCGCCAUCUGGAUCGUCUACGGAGCGUUCGUUCACCAAGGUGGCGGAGGCGUGGCGGGCUCGGCGGCGCUGAGGAUCGUCAUGGGCAGCUGGUGGCUCUUCACGCUCAUCGUGUGCUCGUCCUACACGGCCAACCUGGCGGCGUACCUCACCGUGUCCCGCAUGGACCACGCCAUACGGUCGUUCCAGGACCUGGCGCGUCAGAUGGAGGUGGACUACGGCACCGUCAGGGACUCGGCCGUCUACGACUACUUCAGGAACAAAGGCACCAACCCUCUGGAGCAGGACAGCACGUACGCCGAGCUGUGGAGGACGGUCAGCAAGAGCGACGGGCUCGACCACUCGGUGUCCGGGCCCUCCGAGGGCAUCCGCAAGGCUAAGAAGAGUCCCUACGCCUUCCUGUGGGACAUGGCGGUGCUGGAGUACGCCGCCCUCACGGACGACGACUGCACCGUCACCGUGUCGGGGAACGGCGUGAGCAGCAAAGGGUACGGCAUCGCCAUGCAGCACGGGAGCCCCUACCGGGACCUCUUCUCCCAGAAGAUCCUGGAGCUGCAGGAGAAGGGCGACCUGGACAUCAUGAAGCAGAAGUGGUGGCCUCGUACGGGCCGCUGCGACCUCCACAGCCACGCCAGCGCCCACCCCGACGGCCGCUCCCUCAAGCUGCACAGCUUCGCCGGCGUCUUCUGCAUCCUGGCCGCCGGCCUGCUGCUGGCCUGCCUGGUGGCCGGGCUGGAGGCCUGGUGGAACGGCGACCGCUGCCGCCGGGAGCAGCCCAAAGAGGUUACUAAGGAUUACAGACUGGCCAGGGUUUCUGGUCCUUUGACAUAUAAUGACAUUACAACUGCUUCAUCGGAGGGGAGGAGGGACAUUUGGACAGACAGAGAGAGAGGCUGGGAUGAAGCAGAAGCUAUUGAUACAGGUCAGAAUAGACCUAUACAACUGUCAACAAUAAAAACCAACACCACGAGACGUAUCUGUGCCAUGGCGAGGUCCUUCUGUCUGAUUCUCUGAUUCUCUGGGUUCUACAAAUUAAUCUUAGAAAUAUUACCCUGAAUAUAAAAGACGUGAGCAUUGCUGGGCUUUGUAUUAAAAGCACGAAAGGAAAAACAUUUAACUCCUAGCUGAUCAAAUCUCUAAUGAUCUAAUGAGCAAACCAAAGCCAACAAAUCAUCUUAACCAUCAAGUUAUUUCUACAACCAGAAGAAAUAAUUUAUACCUGACAGGAAAACUGAAAGUUGCCCUUAAUUGGGUCUGAAUUUGAGUUUUUCUCUGGGGAUUAACGCGUUAAUUACCCCCCCCACCCUCUUUAUUUAUUUUAGUGCCUCUCUGUUUCUCCGUCGGCCAUCUUUUAGCUGUGUGAACACAUUUUAUAAGGACUGACCUUUGACCUCACUGUCACGUAUUCCUCCACGUGUCGAACUGAACCAACAUCGUUACGUUUGUGCCUUUUCACGCACGCUUAUAACUAAAUAGGGCGACUCGUUAUUUAUAACCCUGUACGAAGUGAAACCACUCAAGUUAUUCGCACACGUGUCUUAUUAAAUGAAAACCUCUGAGAAGCAAUACAGCUUUACGUGAGAGGCCGGUGACAUCAUCACCAGCUGCAUCACAGAUGUUGCAGCGCGAUAGUUCUCGGUAAUCGUUGCAGAAGCAGAAACUUAAGCACCGAUUCGCUAUCGGAGUCCGAGAGUGUAAAUCAGCAAAGCCGUGUAGAACUUCCAGCCGGGGCUGAAGGUUUAAGGUGAACCCACCCAGAACCACUCAUGAACUUCCAGACCAGGAGCUGAAAGGAGGGUUCUGCUGCAGGGUCAGAGGCUAAGCUACUAGCUUACCUAGCUACUGGCUUGUCAAAAUAGAUUAGCCAGGCUAAAUGACGAGCUAGCCGCGUACAGAUUGUAACUGCUAUAAACAGUCACUAGAACUCUGAGGCUUACAGGAAGUGAUUUUACUGGCUACUUCCUGCCUUACAGGAAGUGAUUUUACUGGCUACUUCCUGCCUUACAGGAAGUGAUUUUACUGGCUACUUCCUGUCUCACAGGAAGUGAUUUUACUGGCUACUUCUUGUCUCACAGGAAGUGAUUUUACUGGCUACUUCCUGCCUUACAGGAAGUGAUUUUACUGGCUACUUCCUGCCUUACAGGAAGUGAUUUUACUGGCUACUUCCUGCCUUACAGGAAGUGAUUUUACUGGCUACUUCCUGCCUUACAGGAAGUGAUUUUACUGGCUACUUCCUGCCUCACAGGAAGUGAUUUUACUGGCUACUUCCUGUCUCACAGGAAGUGAUUUUACUGGCUACCUCCUUUUAUUUCUGUUCACAUCAGCUUCAGAUGCCCUUUUACGUUACAGUUUAUAUGAAUUGGAGAAGUUAAGAAACAUUUACAAAUAAAUUCACGCAUUUUUGAGGAGGAAAUUUAAAAUAGAAGAAGAUUUCUGCUCUUGUUGAUUUGGUGACACCGUCUUUUAAUGCAGCGGUAGGAAGUGUCACUGCUAACACGUGGUGGCUUCCUUAAUCAUUACAGAGAGGUUAUUAUAUAAUAAGGAUACAUACAAUAAUAUAGUAGUAGUAGUAUAAAAUAGUUUGAAAGGGUGGAAAUGUUAAACGUGUCAUGUGCAUGCUUCGAACAUGGCUUGUGUCCCGUGACGAGUUUCCGUGACUAACACCAUCGUACCUCUUGAGUUGAAGUGAAUCCGAUCCUGGAGCCACAACCCGCAAACCUCAGGCUCCUGUCUGCAGCGAAUGAUGGAGAGCCUCCACCUUUUACCGCCACAUUGACCUUCAGCGUGGAGGCAAAGGUCAACGGGUCAACCUUCAAAGGGCCCGUUAUCAGGAUCGAAUGGUCUUCUGCUCUGGAGGAAAUUAAUCUGAGAUUGAAUCAUUAAAGAAACGAGUCGCUUUGUUUUCAGACCGAAGGUUUUUAUCUCAGGGUGAAAUCUUGACCUUUAAAGCACGUUUACUUUACAUCGACACCAUGAAGACGUUAUUGGAUUUUAUAACUAAAUAAAUCAGAGAAGUUAUGAGUGACCAC